GGAGGUGAGUGCGGGCUCUCCCGGAGCGGGGUCGUGGUCUGCCGUCCAGGCCUCCCGGAGCUUAGGAGCCCGAGUCAACUCUCACAUGCUUCGUCUGCUUCCCGCGACAUUAGCGGCCUCGAAUCCCGCCUCCUGGAGCCCAGACUCCAGACACCGCCCUCAUUGUCGUCUGAGUUCUUUCCCAAACCCCAGACCCUUACGGCCCCUCUCCUUUGGCCGUCUGCCCAGAGGUCCUGGCCUGUGGCGUGAAGCGCUCGCUUUCUGCUUUCGGGGGAUGGCGCUGGGGCCAGGGGAGCGAGUGAGUGAUCCAGCACCCCAAGUUCAUCCUGUUUAGGUGGUCCACGAAACGACCCGCGAGACCUUUCCACAGCCCCAAGCCCCCUUGGCGUAAUCCACCCCUUUCUUGGAAUGAGCGCAUGGCCUCUACGUUCUUUAGGGGACCCCCACUCCAGGCCCUAUUUGGAGGUGGCCCCUAGUUCUCUGGGGGUGCAGGUGAAAGAAUAAUGAGAUAUCCACAAAGUCCUCAAGUCUAAAUUUCCCCCUUGCUGGCUCCCUGAAUAAGUCACUUGGGAAAGAUAAAAUCUGAGGAGAAAGGAAUGUUUCUGGUAUUGGGAGUGGAUGAGUCACCCUGGGCUGAGGAAGGUCAGAAAGUGGAUGGGGCAAGGGAACUGCACUGUUCUGACCAAGCUUCCCCUUUCCAUGGCCCCAUCUUUCCAUUCUGGUCUAUCUUCCUAGGUCUGAAUCAUUGGAGGUACCACAACUACCAUGGGGCCCUGGGGAGAACCAGAGCUCCUGGUGUGGCGCCCAGAGGUGGUAGCUUCAGAGCCCUUAGUUCCUGUGGGGCUGGAGGUGAAGUUGGGGGCCCUGGUGCUGCUGCUGGUGCUCACUCUCCUCUGCAGUCUGGUGCCUAUCUGUGUGCUGCGCCGUCCCGGUGCUAACCAUGAAGCAUCAGCUUCCCGCCAGAAAGCCCUGAGCCUAGUAAGCUGCUUCGCAGGGGGUGUCUUUUUGGCCACCUGUCUCCUGGACCUGCUGCCUGACUACCUGGCUGCCAUAGAUGCGGCUCUUGCAGCCCUGCAUGUGACGCUCCAGUUCCCCCUGCAAGAAUUCAUCCUGGCCAUGGGCUUUUUCCUGGUCCUGGUGAUGGAGCAGAUCACACUGGCUUACAAGGAGCAGUCAGGGCCACCACCUUUGGAGGAAACAAGGGCUCUACUAGGAACAGUGAACGGCGGGCCGCAGCAUUGGCAUGAUGGGCCAGGGGUCCCACAGGCAGGAGGAGCCCCAGCAUCCCCCUCAGCCCUACGUGCCUGUGUAUUGGUCUUCUCCUUGGCCCUGCACUCGGUGUUCGAGGGGCUGGCAGUAGGGCUGCAGCGAGACCGGGCUCGGGCCAUGGAGCUAUGCCUGGCUUUACUGCUCCACAAAGGCAUCUUGGCCGUCAGCCUGUCGCUGCGGCUGCUACAGAGCCACCUGCGCGCACAGGUGGUGGCUGGCUGUGGGAUUCUCUUUUCAUGCAUGACACCUCUAGGCAUUGGGCUGGGUGCAGCUCUGGCAGAGUCAGCUGGGCCUCUGCACCAGCUGGCCCAGUCUGUGCUAGAGGGCAUGGCAGCUGGCACCUUCCUGUAUAUCACCUUCCUGGAAAUCCUGCCCCAGGAGCUGGCUGCUUCUGAGCAGAGGAUCCUCAAGGUCAUUCUGCUCCUAGCAGGCUUUGCCCUGCUCACUGGCCUGCUCUUCAUCCAAAUUUAGGGGGCGUCAAGAGAGGGGCAGGGGAGAUUCACUAUCAGGUGCCCUUUUCUUCCUCUCCCCCAGUGUGUGGGAAUAGGAAGGAAUGCGGAAGGGAAGUACUGAGGACCCAAACAUUCUCUGGGAGGUAGAGAUGGAGCUUUUGGGACUAUCUGAUCAAUGAGAGGGAAGUGGACAGACAAGAGGCUGGCCCCAGGCCCAAGGAUCAAGAGAUGAUCAAAUCACUACAGACAUUAAUCAAGGGACAUUAGGAUUGGGGAAGACACCUGACUGCUACAAUCAGAAGAUGGACAGUAUAGAUAAGGGCAGACUGAUACUGGGGGGCAGGGGUGGAGGUGGGCACCCAGCCGCUGUAGGAUAGAGAUAUGGAGAGGUCAUAAGCCCAGAGUUGGCAUCCUGUUGGUUCUAGCCCAUUUCUGACUCUGCCACUUGGAGUGGACCCCUCUUAAUUUUUUUUAGCUCCCAUUCUCAUAUCUAUCUCCCUCUUCCCUUUUCCCAGGGGACUAGUGCCAAAUGGCCUCUCCCUGCCAGUUUUGGUACCUUCUCUGGCCUUUUCAGUCCUGCUCACUCCUCUAUUUUUAAAGUGCCAAACAAAUCCCCUCCCUCUUUCUCAAAGCACAGUGAUGUGGCACUGAGCCCUGCCCAACACCUCAAUGGAGGAGGCCUGCUUCUUCUUUAUUUUGGUCCCAGAUCCUGGGGUGGGGCAGAAAUGUUUUCUGGGCUGGUAUGGGGGAAGUAUUGGAGAGCUGCAGCCCUCUACUGGGGCUGUACCCUAGGAAUACAGAACAUGGACCUGGUGCCCCAUGCUCAUAUGAUAAACACUGAACUGCCAAAACAUCUUUUUAUACCUGAGGAGCCCAAGGGUGGAAGGGGAAGGGCCACCCUCAGGGUUAUUUUUGGGGAGGGAGGGCUGUGCCUAGGGCCAUAUUCUCUAAAUCUAUUUUACUAACUGACCUGUUUUGGGACGUGUUACCUAAAUAAAAGAUGUUUCUAUACAUGUU